GCCGCGCCCAACGGCCACGCGGGGCGAGAGCGAGCCGCAGCCGCCGCCCGAGCCCCAGAGUGCUCUCGAGGGCCUGGGGCCCCGCGCGGCGAGCUCGCCAGCUUUUCCCGCCCGCACCCCCACGCGCCAUCCGAGUCCUUUCCUGGCUGUAGCUCCAGCUUAAUCCCAGACCAGAGAAGGCUUUUAUGGGGGGGGGGGGGCACGAAAGUGCGAUGAGAAUUUCUGGACUCGGGAAGCAGAAGUGCUGCCCCCCAAGCUUUUACAGCGAGUGAAGGGUUGAAUUGACCAAAGCAAUGGUUAUGGAGAAGCCUAGUCCCCUGCUGGUCGGGCGGGAAUUUGUGAGACAGUAUUACACGCUGCUGAACCAGGCCCCAGACAUGCUACACAGAUUUUAUGGAAAGAACUCUUCUUAUGUCCAUGGGGGAUUGGAUUCAAAUGGAAAGCCAGCAGAUGCAGUCUAUGGACAAAAAGAAAUCCAUAGGAAAGUGAUGGCUCAGAACUUCACCAACUGCCACACCAAGAUCCGCCAUGUCGACGCUCACGCCACCCUGAAUGACGGCGUGGUGGUCCAGGUGAUGGGCUUGCUCUCGAACAACAACCAGGCUUUGAGGAGAUUCAUGCAGACUUUUGUCCUUGCUCCUGAGGGCUCUGUUGCAAAUAAAUUCUAUGUUCACAAUGAUAUCUUCAGAUACCAAGAUGAGGUCUUUGGUGGCUUUGUCACGGAGCCUCAGGAGGAAUCUGAAGAAGAAGUAGAGGAACCUGAAGAAAGACAGCAGACACCUGAGGUGGUGCCUGAUGAUUCUGGAACUUUCUAUGAUCAAACUGUCAGCAAUGACUUAGAAGAGCAUUUAGAAGAACCUGUUGCUGAACCAGAGCCUGAUCCUGAACCAGAACCAGAGCAAGAACCUGUAUCUGAAGUCCAGGAGGAAAAGUCUGAGCCAGUAUUGGAAGAAGCUGCUCCUGAGGAUGUUCAGAAGAGUUCUUCUCCAGCGCCUGCAGACAUAGCACAGACAGUACAGGAGGAUUUGAGAACCUUUUCCUGGGCGUCUGUGACCAGUAAGAACCUUCCUCCCAGUGGAGCUGUUCCGGUUACCGGGAUACCACCUCAUGUUGUUAAAGUGCCAGCUUCACAGCCUCGUCCAGAGACUAAACCUGAAUCUCAGAUUCCACCGCAGAGGCCUCAGAGGGAUCAAAGGGUUCGGGAACAGCGAAUAAAUGUUCCUCCCCAGAGGGGUCCUAGACCAGUCCGAGAGGCUGGUGAGCAAGGGGAUGUUGAGCCUCGAAGAAUCGUGAGACACCCUGACAGCCACCAGCUCUUCAUUGGCAACCUGCCCCAUGAGGUGGACAAGUUAGAGCUUAAAGAUUUUUUUCAAAAUUAUGGGAAUGUGGUGGAGCUGCGCAUUAACAGUGGUGGGAAAUUACCCAAUUUUGGGUUUGUUGUGUUUGAUGAUUCUGAACCUGUUCAGAAGGUGCUUAGCAACAGGCCCAUCAUGUUCAGAGGUGAGGUCCGUCUGAAUGUGGAAGAAAAGAAGACCCGAGCUGCCCGGGAAGGGGACCGUCGAGAUAACCGCCUGCGGGGACCUGGAGGCCCUCGAGGCGGGCUGGGCGGGGGCAUGAGAGGCCCACCUCGUGGAGGCAUGGUGCAGAAACCAGGAUUUGGAGUGGGAAGGGGCCUUACUCCAAGGCAGUGAAUUGCUCCUCGCGCAACAAUACAAACCCUAUCUCCCACAGAAUGGUGAAUUUCAACCAAGCUUUGGUAUCUUGGAAUAUGACCCUAGUCUGUCAUAAACUGCUUAAGUUUGUACAAUUUUACUUUUGUGUUAAUGGUGUGUGCCCCUUCCCUCCUCCCUCCCCUCCUCACCUUUUAGUCCUUCACUUCCAAUUUUGUGGAAUGAUAUUUUAGGAAAAACGGAUUUUUAAAGAAGAAAAAAAGACUGAAUUUCCUUGCUUUAUUUGCAUAUACAGACUGGAUUUUUUUUAACAGCCACUUCUCCAAAGGAAUGUGUCUUGCUUAUUACUGACAUUUGGUGUGUUUCAUUCAUUGGAAUAUUUCUUACUUAUUUUCUACAUGUUUCGAAAGCUUGUGAGAAUUACAGGAAUUGAUAAACAUUUUGAAGACAGGAAAAACCGAAAUUGUUUCUUCUUUGAGAGUCAUGACUACCUUCUGGUAUGGAGUACUUGCCAUUGGAAAAAUUGACAAUUCUGAUUCUUGCUGGUGUGGUUAAAAACUGAAUAAAAGGUGUUAGUGGAUUUUUUUUUUUUUCUUUUGAUACGUGAUCACAAAACAGUUCCAAAACCUACUGUUUUUACCAUUGAAGUUUAAAUUGUGACGAUAGGUUUUAAAUGUCUAGAAUGCAACUAAGCUUUUCUUGAACUGUUAGAUUAUUUUUUUUGAAGUAGGACUUUUUCAUGUUUAAUUUGUAUUUGUAAAAAAAGAAAAAAAAAACAAAAAAAUUUGCAAAAUCCGAAUAACAGAAAACCAGAGCAAAACUGUUGUGCCUUCUAUUUAUCUUUGAUCCCAGUCUUGGCAGUUUUUAAAAGAAAAAUAAAAAAAACCAAACAAACAAACCCUAGAUUUCUUCCAUCAGGUUCACAGUAUGUUGGGGAUUAUAGAAUCCCUCUUUCACCCGUAUGUCUUGUGUUCUUUUGUUAUGCCUUAUUCUGAAAUUGAGUCUCAAACUGGAAUGCCUUUGAGGACAGAUGUUUCUGUAGAGGUCCAGCAUUUAUAUUAAGUUUUAUUUCAGUGUCUAUUCCGAAUCCUAGUCAUAGCCCAUAAGAAGGAAUGUGACUUUCAUACUGGACUUCGCUGAUGUGCUUCAGUGUGCACUAGUCUUUCUUUUCUUUAGAUCAUAGCCAUAUGGUAAAUUUUCUAUUUUGUUAUGGUUCCUUUUUAUUGACGGGCAUGCAGUGGGUGUUUCUUGGAAAUGGCCAAUUUUUAUUAAAAUCUUUCUGGAGGAAAAUUUAAUCUGGCAAUAUAGACUAAUAGUCGUUUUGCAUAGUAUGUUGUUGAAUGUUGUGUGUGAAGUGGGUGAAGGUUUUGUUUAUACAUGUGAAGCAAGCCUUUGUGUGAUAGAUAACUUGUCAUUACUAAUUGAAGGGCAAUGAGGUUGUCAAAUUUAACUUGUUUUUAACAGUAUUCAUCUUCAGAACUGUUGUAUGAAGAUAGUAUAUGAGUAGGAAUAAGAGUGUUUUCUUUUGCUUUGGUGUUACUGGGAAGCUCUAGAUUUACUGAAGGGCAUGGCGGAAAUGAAGUUCGAUGUGUUAUCAGUUGGUCCUUAGGACCUCAAAUAUUUGAAAAUUGGCAACAUCGUCAUAAAAAGAAACUUAAGUAACUGAGUCACAUGGCUUGUCUUUGAGUCAGUUUAAAUGACUAAUUGGUAACCACUUCAUUUGGCCCAGGCCAGUGAUGCUGAAAAGGAGUUUAGCUUAUAGUUUUGUAGCUUAUAUUAAGCUUGUGGUGGAAAGAAGAAAACUUAGCCUGAGUUAUUAAUUUGAAAAAAACUAAACUGUAGUAUCUAUUAUGUGAUAAAUUAUAAAUAACCUAGAAGUCAUUUGACAUAAGCAAAUACUAAACCAUACAUUUCAAAAUAGGAGUUCUUCCUCUUGAGAGCAGAGCUUUAAGGGCACGAGCUAGAUGCAGUGUUUCUCAACUUGAGGCAGUUAUUACAUCCUAGAGGACAUGUGGAAUUGGGUCAGGGUUGGAGGGGAGAUGCACAUACUGCAUCUGGCAUUUAGUGGGUGUGGAACAGUGAUGCCAUGUUCUGUGAAAAUGGAGCAGCCCCAUUGAGAAUGUGGCGGAAUGGUGGAGUAGAACACCUGGAGUGAAGACUCAGUCCUUUGAAAUAGAGCCUCAGAAAAAUAAGUAAGGAAGUAGAAUUUGCUUUCAGAAAUUACAGUAACAUCUACUGUAAGUAAUCUCAACUUUAUUAGUACCGAUUGUGUUUUUUUUUUUUUUUUUUUCCCGGAGAUGUUAGUAGCAGUAUAUUAGAUGCUGCUUAUAAUUUAUUGCUGGCAAUUAGUGUAUAAUCUGAGAAAGGAAAAGGCUGCUUCAGUAAUUUCAAGUUAUCAGAAUUGGAAUAUUGUGGAGUAUUGACUAGCAUUGGACUUUCUAAAUAAGGUUUAGCAUCAUGGUUAAUACUAUUAAGUAUCUAGAUAUUGUUCACAUUAUUGCUGAUGGAAUAAACACGUCACCCUACACAUACUUGCACAGUUAGACAGGAAGGUAAAGUAAAUUAGGACAAGAGUUUCUGUAGACAGCGUCAACUCAUCACAUUCAACGUAAUUUUUCACCUGUAGGAGUGGCUCCAUAUGCAGGUCUUUUCUGCUGCUUAAAACCUUUUUUGCCCAUGAAUAUUUUAGUAGGUAAGACUAGUUUGGUUCAGUGGGUCUCUGUCUUUUAAGACCUGUUGAAAAUAAAUUGAUCUUGAACGUACAAAAGUACUUUGUUUGCUUUUAUGGUGAGGUUGGGCUUUGCUUGUGUUGCCAAUGUUCUCAACUCUUUGAGCUGCUGCUGGGGAGCAGUGAAUGGAAAGCAAAAUAAUUGUACGGCUUUGGAUGAGAUCAGUAGGUUACCACCACAGCAUUAGUUGAAUCGCACUUUAGUCUCAGGCUAGAAAACUAAUUUUCACAACUACCCUUGUGGCUUAGGUGCUGUUUUCCUCAAAAUAAUAGAUCAAGGAGUGACAUCAGAGGCCUUAAAGCCAUCUGUGUAGCAAGGAGCAGAUUGGCCUCCCAAACGGACGCUUUUCUUCUAGAACCAGAAUGCCUACCUAUGUACAUUUGAAUGACAUUACUGGAGUAAGACAUGACCAAAUCCAUUAACUACAGUAUGGAGACUUGAGUCUGUAAAACAUUUGGGUCAAGAAUAGCAUUACUGUUCAUUUUCUUGAGUGUAAACAAGACAAGUUAACUUUGCAGGGUUUCUUUUGACCUUCACACUAAAGUAACACAGUCAUAUUGACUUACUAUUUCUCAUCUGGUUCGAUAAUACGUUUAGUGCAAUUUAAUCUCGAUACAGAAGAUAGCUGUUUCUGUUACAGUGUCAUCCAGGUGAGUUUAUAGCAGCUGUGUUUUGUGCUUACAACUACCAUCCUCUGAUGCUUUUCUUCAUCCCUUUAUUUGAAAACCUUGUAGAGUUUAGUGAUUUAGUGAAAAACAUGGCACUUUAUAGAAAACAAUUUGUUAGACUCUAUGUGAAAAUUUUUAUUUGAAACUUAACUUUGUGGGCCAUUGUUUAUGCCGAGUGGCUUUUUUUCUUUAAAUAGUUGCAUUUUUCAAAUCUACUGAUCUAAAAAUACAUCAUUUUACUUUUGUGCUACUUAAAAGAAUCUCUGCAGGAACUGCAUACAAGUGAGAUAAUUAUUGAGCAUUUAGUUCAGCAAUUUAAAAUCUUGUAAAAGAAGCAACUUCAUUUAUUUGAAUGUGGGGUUCUCGCUAACUGCCUAAUAUACCAUAGAUUGUCAGUGGACAGUUAGAGGUAGUGUUUUCCAGAUGUUUUAGAAACUUAAAGAAUGUGUUAGAAACUUAGCAAUGUUUAGUGUGGGAUGGGGUUGUAGGUUAAAGUUGCUGAUCAAGUAGUGGCCACGGUUGCACUAGACAAUUAAACAGGAAGUUCUGGUUUUAAGGUAGCAAUACCUUUUAGAAUUUGUAGCUGUUUACUGUGAUAUUGAAGUACUAGGGACCAUAGAUAGGCUUGUAACUCUUACUAGACUGUAUUAAGGAAUAAAUGGUGGCACGAGUGAGAUAAAACUUUACAUUUUUUUUUUUUUAAUGAUAUGUAUCUAGCUCAGGAUAGUGCUGAAAUUGGACUGCUUUGCUCAUGCUUUUAUGAAGCAGUCUCUUAAUGGCCUGAAUAUGUAAAAAGUUGAUUAAAGGUGGCCUACAACCCUUAACCACUUUUGGUUUUGAUUAUACUUAUGUGUUAUCUUAGAAUCAAGGUUGAUUGUCUUUUGAUAGCAUGACUUAUUUUGGAAACUUAAACAGUCUCCCCUCUUCGAGUUUUUUUUUUUUUUUUUUUUUUUUUUUUUUACCAUUCCCUUGACAUGCGGAAAUCCCUGGCCAGGAAUCACACCUGGGCCACAGAGGGACAGCGCCACCUCUGGUAGCUUUUUUAGUUGCUGUGAAAGAAAAAUGGUAUUGGAAAUUCCCAUGUUAACUUCCAUAAACCAUUUGACCUGGCCAGUUCUAGAAAUCCACACAUUUACUACUUUGAAAUGUGUCCAGUAUCACAGAUUCCUAAGGAACUUGCACCCAUCCAGUGCGCCUUUGUAAAUUAAGGGAUGCUUACCAAAAAUUCACUAUGGAAUUUAACAAGUAUUUAUUUUUCAAAAACCUACUUAUGGGAAGUUUGCCUAUAUUUUUGGUAGUAGUUAGAGAGAUGAUUCUGUCACCUAAUUUGGAUUAACAGUUUUAACUAUUGCUAUUACCGAGCACUGUUUGCUAAUACUCUCCAUAAGCUUUGAUGUCACCUGUUUGACUUUGAAUUUAUCUUAAAUUCUUUUUUAUGAAGAGUGAGUGUACACUGAUUUGGCCCUUUUACACGAAGACAUAAAGAAGUAGCAAAAAAGAAAGGACUUUCUUUAAAGAGUCAGUGCACACUUUAAGUAGAUUAUGUAGAACAUACCAUGUUGAAAAUUUGUAUAGGUAGAUACUGGUUUUGAGAAGAAUAGAGUGGAGGUGGAACUUACGUCGACGGGAUAGGAAUCAUUUGUGGUUUAUAUAGAACAUACUUUUAAUUGAGAAACAGCAGAGCAUUUACUUAAAAGUUCUUCUGGCCAUUCUGAUUAUUACCACAAGAAGCAGGAGAGACUCCUGGAAUUCUUUGAAUCAUAGAAUAGAAGUGCUGGAAAGGACUAAGGUGAUUUAUACAACCCCUUCAUUUUUCAGAAGAUAGGUGGCUCAGAGUUUCCAAUCAGGCUGUAGAGGUCAUGGGAAGCCCCUUCAGGGUCUGCCAGUCUGCCCUGGGCUUGCUCGAGGGAGCCAGAGCUCUUAAAGUGAGGAUGUGGGGGAAAAGGGGAGGAGCCAGAUUGUACAUGCUUUGUUGCUUCACCAGCUCAGUUUUCAUACCCAGGUUUUUUUUUUUUUUUUCCUCUCUCUCUCUCUCUCUUUUAGAACUGUCUUAACGCCCAAUUCUACCAGGGCCUGUUGAUAAGGACAUUAACUUGUGUUCCCCUCAGGGAUGGGUUUACUACUAGCUGUCGAAAAGCUAUUGGGUAUCCUAAUGUGUUAAUAGCUGAAACUCAGCUGUAAUUUUCUCCUAAAUUGUUCAGCGUUUUGCAUUCUGUACAUUGUGGUGCUUUUUCCACCUUGUAUUGUUAUAACUGUAAGCUCCUAAGGGGCAGCAACUUGGUCUUAGGUAUGUACCCUGUUGAGUGCCUGGCAGUGCCUUGUUUGAAUCAGGAUCCUAAUCUUCCUUUCCAAUGGUUUUUCCUGCUCUUCAUAGAAGGAUGCUCCAGCCAUGCUGAACUACUUGUGGUUCCUCUAAUAAGCCAGGUACUGCCAGUUCCGUGUGGUUUCAAGUGCCUUCUCUUCCCUGAAGAUGGAUGUGCAUCUGCAGUCUUCCCCCCAACAUCGCCUUCCAUCAAAGCCAUGUUGUUCUCAGGACCCAGUGAAUUUAAGAGGGGUUUUUUUUUUUUUUUUCCUUCCUCUCUCCUCUAAGAGAAAAGAUGUCCUACAGGAGUGAAUAGCUCCUUUGGGGGGUUGAACUGGCCAGAAUUUGAAGGAGGAACAAAUUGAGUGUCUUCUACUUCACUUCCACAUGUCCCUCCUGUUUGAAAUUCUGUCCCAACCUUCAUUUUAAAAUGUAUUCGUAGAAUAUGUUAUACCUUUCUUUCUCUUGGCUCCUAACUUAGCCUUCAACCUAGAAUUGGAACAGACCUCUGUCUGUCUUACAAGACCAUAAGCUCCUGGAGGACAAAGCUGGAGGAUUAAUCUCUGCUGCUCCGUGAGGUACAGUGACUUAAAAUGAGAGCAUCUUUAAAUGAUGACUCAUUCAAAUGAAUAAAACAGUGUGUUUUUGUUUUCAGAUCAGACUUCAUUCCGUAAAUUUUAGGCACUAUGAGAUUUCGUAGUGGAGAGGAUAGUUGGAAAAUUUUGAGGGGUGGGCACAAGGGGGAGGAAGUCGCUGCUUAUUUUGAAGUACUUCCAUCCCUGCUCUGGGCAGUGAGCUGUUUCUUUCCGACUGCCCAGCAUGUUCCGGGCACUUUGUGUCUCUGCACAAGAAUCACACGUGCCAAGUUUCAUUUCUUUUCACAAACCUUUGUUCUCGGUUUGUCAUCACCCAUGCCACAAAUCUAAGUCGUCCGAGUCAUCUGCUUCCCGAUUUCUUACUCCCCACCUCAGUCUGCAGCUAAGUCCUGUCAGUUCUACCUCAGCAGCCCUUCACAUCUCUUCUCCUCCACUAGAUAAUCUCACGAGCCUCUCAGCUUCCUUCACCUCUUCUUACCACAGCCUGCUGUCUACAUGAUACAGGUUCAUCCUGCUGAAACCUAGCUCUGACCAUGUAUCUCAUGUGUGUGUUCUGUCUCCACUGCUAGACUGUAAGCUCCUUAUGGGCAGGAUCUGUGUGUGAGUCAUCUCUGUAUCUCCCAUAGCCGCUAUCAAUAAAUAUAUCUUGAAUGAACAGCA